AUCUCAAGAAAGUGGGACGUCCUUGUGUAUCCGAACUCAGAGCUCAUGCAACUCAGCACGAGAGCUGGUCUCUGUGCCUCGGAUUUAAACACUCAAACCGCACUAAAAGAGCAGAUGUAUACAACACCGCCUGCGGUGGCCCCGGGAAAGUAUUCAGGUGUCCGAGUUAUGUUAGUGCCAGGGAAGAAGCCUCCUCCCGAUGGCCUGCCCAUUUACACACAUGUUCACAAAGAAAAAAGUGCCAUUGAGGAGUCAAACUAUCCAUCUCACCUCAAUGCAGAGAGAGAAUUGGAGUUUAUGAACCACUGCUUUGACGACGUGGAGCGGUUCAUGGCCCGCUUGCAGCAGACGGUUGAGGCCCAGAUCGUUCUCAACCAGAGGGGGGAGAAGAAAAGCAGAAAGAGCAAGAAGAAGACGGACCACGAGGAUGGUUUGUUGGCCCUGAAAGCUUGCCCUCCGUCAGCGGAAGAAUUCGUGGACCUCUUUCAGAAAAUCAAGUACUCCCUCAGUCUGCUGGACCGUCUCAAGUCAGCCAUUGUAUCGCCUUAUGCACCAGAGCUGCUGCAUCGGAUCUUUGUGCCUCUUAAACUGAUGAUGCAAACCACUGGAGGGCCAGCUUUAGGAGCAUCGGUGGUCAGUCCUGCUAUGACCAGUGGUGCAGUUUUACUGCUCCAGGAGCAUCUGAUUGCAGAGGAAAAGACCCUGUGGACUUCAUUAGGGGCCAACUGGACUUCACCCUGUGCGCACCUUAAUGUGUCUGUACCUCCAUACUCGCCUGUCUUCCUGGAUGGGUGGAUGCCUCAGGCCUAUGAUUCAACAGGUCAUCUUUUCGAAGAUCCCAUCGAGUCACAGCACAAACAAGACGCUUUGAGGGAAAGUAGAAGUUUACAGGACCAAGUUCAACAGACAGCGGAGCUUCCUGGUCAAGGCAAUAAUGAAGUAGAUGGGAAUGAGCUCCCUCCAGAGGGCGAGAGGCUUUACUGCUGCAGUUAUGACUUUGUGGCUAGAAACAGCAGCGAGCUCUCCGUGCUCCAAGGAGAAACACUAGAGGUCAUUAAUAUGUCAAAUAAAUGGUGGAAGUGUCAAAAUCGCUUCGACCAGAUAGGAUUCGUCCCCUCUAAUAUCCUGGAGCCUCUGUCCGCUCUGAAUAACCCUGAGAGGGAGAGCCCAGCGGUGCACAGUCAGUCAAAGAAAAUGCCCGUCUCCCCUCCAAAGUUCUUCUCAUAUGCUCCAUCAAGCCCAGUUGGGCCCAGUCCUAUAAGCCCAAUGCGACCACAGAGCAUGUUUUUACCAUCAAUGCAGGGAGAAGACAAUGACCGAGUCCUGAUGAUAAAUGAUGAGCUUGUUCAGCGGUUAUCUGAGAAAAGAGCCCCAGUCCGUCCGACGGCGGUCUCCCGCACAGCCGACACUUCUCCCCUGAACUACCGCUCAACGUCGGCCGAGGUGGCGGCCUGGCUGACCACCAAGGGCUUCAGUCCACAGACAGUUCAGGGUCUGGGCAUUUUAAAUGGAGCGCAGAUUUUUUCCCUAAAAAAGGAGGAGCUCCGCGCGGUGGCACCAGAGGAAGGUGCAAGAGUCUACAGCCAAAUUAUGGUGCAGAAGGCCCUUCUCCAGGAUGUGCACAAAUCUACUGAACUAGAGAAGGUGAUGGAGAGGCAGAAGCUGAAGAUUGGCUUGAAUUCAGAGGAAGACUCGAUGUGACGGAGCUCUCCAACAUUCACCGACACACCGAUCUUUGGAGAUAACUGUGAUAUUGCAUAUACAGCUUGAUGCUGGAACAUGAUGUUACAGGUGGAUUUUAAUAUUUAAUCAUGUUGUAUCUUUGUGUUACAGAUUUAUCAGCAUGAGCAAGCUGUGUUGAAAGUUAAGCUCACUCACUGAUAAUACUGUUUUUGAUUUUUACAUGUUUUUAAUUAUUAUUAUUUAAAUGUUUUACUAUUCUUACCAUUUGGUAACAUUAUACUUUUUACUAUUUCAAUAUUUCUAUCAUCCUUUAUUUAGGCAAUAUUGGAGAAAACAUAAACCUAAUAACAUUCUUAUGAUUAGAGUUCUUCGUUAACAAUGGACUGAAACUGCUUUUUGAGCUACAAGAAAAGGGAAUUUGGUUAAAAAUUUUUAUGAUUUAGUAUCGUCAACAUUUCUAUUAUUUUUAAAAGAUAUUUGCUUGCAUAUGUAUCCGAGUUAAGACCAAAUACACAUUGAACUGUUACAUGAAGAUUACACAAUUUCAGUUUGACUCUUUGUAUGAUGUUUUAUGGAGACUAACAUGUUUCUGAUGCUGGAUUUGUCUUUGUGACUUCAGCUUUAGAGUCUAUCAGAACAUAAUGUACACACAACAGUAACACAUUUAAAACAUGUGUAUUUUUGUACCAUAUCUAUGAAUUGACUGCUACCUUUCUUUGUAUAUUCCAUUUUAUAAUCAAAAUAAUUUAAAAUCUAUACACAUA